AUGUUGCGGGUAUGUGAGAAACUCCGUGAGGCGGACGAGAAGGGCAGGAGGUACGGAGCCCGUGCGGAGACAGACUACCUCCGAGCCCUGGUGGACGCCAUGGCCGACACGGACAGGCUGGCAGAAGUGGAGCUGCUUAAAACUCUGGGCGACGUGAACUUGGAGAAGGGAAGACUCGGGAAGGACGUGGGGAAGUUCAACACAGCUUUGGCACUUUACAUUGCUGCUAUGGUGCGAUGUGAAAAUCGGCAACAGGCAGAUGGAAUAGAACACCGCUACUACUACGCAGAGAGGCUUUUAUCCUACCACAGGUACAUCCAUACCUCAGACUGUGACAUGAGAAAAGGAGACCUGGAUGCAGCAGAACAGAACCUAGCAGCCGCCCUAAAGCUUGUUCACGAUCCCAGUAAACCCAACAAGGUUAAAGAAGCCGAAUGUCUGUGCAGGUUGGGUGACGUCUACGUCGAGCGAGGUAAGCGGACAGGAGAAGGUAGGAAAUUCACACAGGCGGCAGCUCUGUAUAACGCCUCCAUGGCCAGAACAGAUGGAGACAAACAAAACAUGGUAACAAAAUUGCAAGAAACUGAAAGGCAGUUUCUUAGGAACACAUGUAACGUAGACUGUGAACCGUGUCCAUAUAGCAGUGCAUUAGAUCACAUAAAGGAACUGGACAACAUUCGCAACCGUGUAAAAUCUCAGCUUGAAACAAUUCAUCAGGAACACAACCCUUAUCAGUAUGAUGAAGACGAUCCUGUUGUGAGAGAGGUGGAGACCAAACGAGCUGAAGCAAUCAAGGUCUUGUUCAAGAGCAUCACAGUUGGAAGACAAGAGUUUAUCCAAGUACUGACAGAUGAAUGCAUCGCCAAACUCGGACCCCCUCCCUGUAAGUACGCUUUCGCCGGGUUGGGGUCACAGGCCACAGAACUGGUGACGCCGUACUCUGACCUGGAGUUUGCCAUUCUGAUUGAGGAGGGGAAGGAGGAUGAUGACACACGGAGGUACUUCCUAAAUCUCACACACUACUUACAUCUAAAAGUCAUCAACCUUGGGGAAACCAUCCUCCCAGCCAUGGCCAUCCUGUCACUCAACGACUUUCUCUCAGAAGACCCAGAGAAAGAUUGGUUCUUCGACUCCGUCACACCUCGUGGCUUUGCCUUCGACGGCUUCAUGCCAUGGGCUUCCAAGACUCCGUUUGGAAGAGAAGAAACCAAAAGCAAACCUCCUGUUAGUCUCAUCCAGACUCCUGCCAAGUUGGCCGAAUAUCAGCAUCUGCACAUCGCCCUGGCGGAAGGCUAUCACCUGUCAGACAUCCUCAGACGGGUGACCUACUUAACAGGAGAUGAGUCUUUGGUGAAUGAUUAUACAGACAGAGUCAACAAAAGCGUAAACCACUCCCCUGUGCUGUCACAGUUGUUAGCACUACUGAUAGUAAAGAAUGAUAAUCUAGAAAAACAAAAUAUUGAACCAACGGGACAGCUUCUGGAUGUCAAGAAAGAAAUAUACCGUUUUCCCAGCGUGGCCAUUGAUGUGUUGAGUAUUUACUGCGGUAUCACAAUCCCCAGUGUGUGGGGAAUAAUAGAAGAGUUACACAAGACACAGCGGAUCAGUCACGAAGAUGCCCACCACUUGACUGUACUGAUCAGCAUCUCAGCGGAGCUACGGUUAAGAACGUACAUUGCCAACGGAGGACAGAAGGACAGACUGUCUCCUCUCAAAGAGAUGAAAGUCCGAGGGGAACUACACAAACAUGACAUUGAUGACACUUCAGUUCAGUCAGUUUUCUACAUACCAGACUCUAAAAUGCUUUUCAGGUACUACUAUACUGCCAUCCCACUAAAAAGUUGUAUUGUGGAUACAGUUGCAAAGGACAUUGCAGCAACAAAGAUAUUCUCAGAGGCCAUCUUUGACACCUCAUCUCUAACAAAGGGCAGAAUAACACGACGGCUAUUGCAGUUAGAUGCAGCUAUGCGUCACUUGAAAGCAGGUCUGGAAGAGGCGGGCAGUGACAGGGAAAAACAGUUUGAAAUAUGUUUUGAAUUAGGCAAUGUCCUGAAAAAACACGGUGAGAGUGAGAGAGCAAUAAGCUACUACAAACAGGCAUUUAGUAUUGAUACCCCAAAAGACGACCAUGCGUCAUUACUGAACAAUAUUGGGGGAUGUUGGAGUGACCUUGGUGACCAGAGAAAAGCUAUCAGUUAUUAUGAGCAGUCACUGAAAAUGAAAAAGGCUAUCUGUGGUGAAACAAUGCCACAUCCUGUCAUUGUUAGAUCUCUUAACAACAUUGGUAAAUGUUGGAGUGAACUUGGUGAUCAGAAGAAAGCUAUCGGUUAUUACGAGCAGUCACUGAAGAUGAUGAAAGAUAUCUGUGGCGAAACAGCACAUCCCUACAUUGCUUUAUUACUAAACAACAUUGGUAAAUGUUGGAGACACCUUGGUGAUCAUUGGAAAGGUAUCAAUUAUUACAAACAGUCACUGAAGAUGAUGAAAGUUAUUUAUGGCAAAACAACAGCACAUCCCGACAUUGCUACAUCACUACACAACAUUGGAGCAUGUUGCAGUGAUAUUGGAGAUAAGACAAUAGCUAUCAGUUAUAAUGAGCAGUCACUAAAAAUGAGGAAAGUUAUCUAUGGUGAAACAACGCCACAUCCCGACAUUGCUUCAUCUUUAAAUAGCAUUGGGCACUGUUGGAGUGACCUUGGCGAUCAGAGGAAAGCGAUCAAUUAUUAUGAACAGUCACUGAAGAUGACAAAAGCUAUCUAUGGAGAAACAACGCCACAUCCCGACAUUGCUUCAUUACUAAACAACAUUGGGGCAUGUUGGGGGGCCCUUGGCGAUCAGAGGAAAGCUAUCAACUAUACCAAACAGUCAUUGAAGAUGGGGAAAGCUAUCUAUGGAGAAACAACACCACAUCCCGGCAUUGCAUCAACACUAAACAACAUUGGGAACUGUUGGAGGGCCCUUGGCGAUCAGAGGAAAGCUAUCAGUUAUUACGAACAGUCACUGAAGAUGGCAAAAGCAAUCUAUGGAGAAACAACACCACAUCCUGACAUUGUGUCAUUACUGAACACAAUUGGGAACUGUUGGAGGGCCCUUGGUGAUCAAAGAAAAGCUAUCAGUUAUUACGAACAGUCACUGAAGAUGGGGAAAGCUAUCUAUGGCGAAACAACACCACAUCCCGACUUUGCGUCAUUACUUAGCAUCAUUGGGUUAUGUUGGAGUGAGCUUGGUGAUCAUAUGAAAGCUAACAGUUAUCGUGUACAGUCACUGAAAAUGUGUAAUGCUAUUGAUGGCGAAAAAAUGCCACAUCGUGACAAUGCUUUAUUACUAAACAACAAUGGCAAAUAUUGCAGUGACCAUGGUGAUCACAGGAAAGCUAUCAGUUAUUUUGAACAGUCACUGAAGAUCAGGACAGCUAUGUAUGGUGAGACAACGCCACACCCCGACAUCGCUUCAACACUAAACAACAUUGCGACUUGUUGGAGUGAACUUGGUGAUGAGUGGAAAGCUAUCAGUUAUUACGAACAGUCACUGAAGAUGAUGGAAGCAAUUUAUGGCAAAACAACGCCACUUCCCUACAUUGCUUCAACACUAAACAACAUUGCGACCUGUUGGAGUGAACUUGGUGAUCAGAGGAAAGCUAUUGGUUAUUACGAACAGUCACUGAAGAUGAUGAAAGAUAUCUAUGGGGACAAAACAGCACAUCCACAUAUUGCAAUGGUGCUGAAGAACAUUCGAACCCUGUACGAUUCAACUUCAAGUUAAGUUGUCAGUUAUCUAUCAAAAAUCAGCACCUAAAAUUAGCUUACUUUGGAGACACUAAAAUUAAGUCCCCAUAUAAUAACAUUAUUCAGUUUAUGGAUGAAAUAUUGAAUAAGGCACAAUGUAUGACAAACUGCUUUACGCAAGAAUAAUUUGAGGAAACUGAUAUUGACUACAAAAGACUACAUUUUGUACCAUCAUACACUGUAGUAUGAGAGGAGACCAUGAAUUUGUACAUGUGGUCUAUGGUUGAAUUUGAAACAAUUUGACACUUUCCUAACAUUUAUGAAUGAAGCUUUAUUAAAGGAGUCCUGGACAAAUACAGUAAUUUCAGUUUUGGUGUCUUUUAACCCAAAAUCCUAUUUGUAAAAGGUGAUUCAUUGGUUUCUACCAGUCCCACACGUAGGGGUGAUAUUUGACCCCAUCCAUGUUCACAUUUGAUGACUGCCUAUUCCACCAGGAGGCUGUGGUGACGUAAUGGGUCAUUUAUCUUAUAUAAGGUCAAAGGACACAUAAAAAUUGUUGGUAUAUUUAUCAUUCAUAGUAUAAUCAUGCUCAUUAUUUUGCUAAUCU